AAGUAAAUAUUUCUGGUCAGGGAUGGGUGGCCAAAUACUCUAACGCGCUAAACGCGCUUCAUCCCUCAUAAUAUAGCAUCACCUUCCUCAAAAUUUCACAACGCCUGGCUCGGCCUCGGCUUCUACAACUUCUCUUCCUUUUAAUUCCUAACAAUCCCAUGCCAAUUCACACUUCUAAGACAUACCCCAUCCCUAUGGAAGCACAAUCCAAACCCACCCUCUCCAGGAAAUCCUCCUCCUCCUCCUCCUUCCGCCUCCGCAGCCCUAGCCUCAAUUCUCUUCGUCUCCGCCGCAUUUUUGACCUAUUCGACAAGAAUGGCGAUGGCAUGAUCACCGUUCAGGACCUUAGCCAGGCACUCGCCCUUCUAGGCCUAGAUGCUGACUUCUCGGAGCUUGAAUCAACCAUCAGAUCUCACGUUAGGCCAGGCAAUGAUGGUCUUGGGUUUGAUGAUUUCGUAUCACUCCAUCAGUCCUUGGACCAAGCCUUCUUUAGCAACGACGAGCAGAAUGUGGAGAAUGGACAAGAUGAGAUGUCGCAGGAGGAAUCUGAUCUGUCGGAAGCUUUCAAGGUGUUUGAUGAGGACGGUGAUGGGUACAUUUCUGCUCAUGAGCUGCAAGUGGUGUUGAGGAAACUGGGAAUGCCAGAAGCUAAGGAGAUCGACAGAAUUGAGCAAAUGAUCUGCUCUGUUGAUAGCAAUCACGAUGGCCGCGUCGAUUUCUUCGAAUUUAAGGACAUGAUGCGAAGCGUAAUCGUUCGCAGCGCUUAAUUCAUCCUCUAUCAUAUUUUUCUUUCUGCAGCUGGGUUUUUCCUUUUUUUUUUUUUUUUUUUUCCUUUUCUGGCUAGCGAGUCGUGCUCCUACGCACGGCAUGAAGCAUCCAUUGAUGUAGUAGCGAUGGCGAUUGGUGAGGCUUCAUGGAUGUAUAUGUUUAAUCUAUGAUUGUGAAAUCAUCCACAUAUGUUCAGGUUUUGUAUACAAAUUGUAAAUUGAAAAAUCCCAUCUUUUGUAAGGAUUUGUAUUCCUCUGUUUUUAUCAAACAAGAAAGAUCCACGCAUCUUUCAUCUUUCUCACAA